ACCCAAAGAUGAAGUUGGACGUAUUCUUACAGCCAUUGAUACACGAGUUAAAAUCUCUGUGGGAGGUUGGUGUGAACACUUACGACAUAUCGUUGAAGCAAAAUUUCCAGAUGCGAGCAGCUCUGAUAUGGACUAUCAGUGAUUUUCCAGCGUACGCUAUGUUGUCUGGGUGGGGUACAGCUGGGAAAUUGGCAUGUCCACAUUGCAUGGAGAAUACAGAAGCAUUCACUUUGCCGAUGAGUGGAAAACAAUCGUGGUUUGAUAAUCAUCGGAAGUUCUUACCUCCUAACCAUGUGUUUAGGAGAAACAAAACUUCAUUCUUGAGGAAUAAGACAUGCAAUGUUGGUCCACCAGAACAAAGAUCAGGAAUACAAAUCUUGAAUCAAAUCGAGGGGUUAGGCUUCGUGAAGGUUACCGAAGACUUCGAUGGCAGGAACGCUCAACUCGCCAAAUAUCAAGAUGUAGGGUGGAAAAAGAAAAGCAUAUUUUGGGAACUACCCUAUUGGAGAUAUCUUUUGAUUCGACAUAAUCUGGAUGUUAUGCACAUUGAGAAAAAUGUGUUUGAUAACGUGUUUAAUACUGUCCUGAAUGUGAAGGGGAAGACAAAAGAUACAGAAAAAUCUAGAGAAGAAUUGAACACCUUCUGCAAGCGGAAAGAGUUGAAGAAAGUGGAUGGAACUCGAGGGUAUCCGAAAGCAUGUUAUACGCUUGACAGGGAAGAGAAGAAGAUCUUACUCCAAUGGAUCAAGAGUCUUAAGUUUCCCGAUGGGUACGUGUCAAAUAUUAGUAGAUGCGUUGACAUGAACGCCCUGAAGAUGCACAACAUGAAAAGUCACGACUGUCACGUGUUCAUGCAAAUCCUUCUGCCUGUUGCAUUUAAAGAACUUCUUCCUAAGAAUGUUUGGGAGGCAAUUACAGAGUUAAGUUUCUUCUUCAGAGAAUUAACAUCCCGCAACGUGGCCUUAUAUGACAUGAGAAUACUGAGUGAGAAGAUAGCUGUUACUCUUUGCAAACUUGAGCGUAUCUUCCCGCCUAGUUUAUUUGAUUCAAUGGAGCACCUACCAGUUCAUUUGGCAGAUGAGGCACGAUUGGCUGGUCCAGUGCAAUAUCGGUGGAUGUAUCCUUUUGAAAGAUAUUUGAGGACAUUAAAAAAUCAUAUAAAAAAUAAAGCCAAGGUUGAGGCGUCCAUCGCCAAUGCAUACUUACUUGCAGAAAUGUCAACCUUCUCUUCGUUUUACUUUGAAGAUCAAAUAUCUACAAAGUGGACAACUUUGCCUCGCAAUAUUGAGAUGCCCGUUGCUGAAAAUGAUGAUCCUCUUUGUCUCGCCAUAUUCAAACCUAUUGGGCGUUCACUUGGCCGAGGGACGAAGAGAUACAUGGAUGAGCGCGAAUGGCAUGCUGCACACAUGUAUAUUUUGAGCAAUUGUGCAGAGGUUGCAGAGACAUAUAGCAAGAUCUUCAAGGAGGAAAAACGAUAUGCAAAUCCUUACAUGACUGAUGCAGAGUUUGAAGUCGCGUUUCACAACGAGUUUAUUCUGUGGUUUAACCAUUACGUUUGUCGUCCUUGUAACGAUGAGUUGAACCCUUAUAUUAGGUCGCUUGCAGCUGGACCAUUAAGGGAGAUUGAAACAUACUCCGGCUAUUUCGUGAAUGGCUACAGGUUUCACACAACUGAUCAUGAUAGAGAGAGUGCGACUGUGAACAGUGGCGUUUGCAUAAAAGGUUCGGUCUAUGGUAGUGAUAGAGAUGUGCUAGACUUUUAUGGGCGUCUGCAAGAGGUUUGCGUGCUGGAGUAUCCAGGGUAUCCAAUUAAGCAGACAGUCUUGUUCAACUGUGAAUGGUUUGACUUGUCGGCUCAGGGAACUUCUAUUGAUACAGACUUCAAGUUAGUUUCACUGAACCACACACGAAGAUAUAAGAAGUAUGAUCCCUUUGUUUUGGCGAGUCAAGUAGUUCAAGUGUUUUACUGUCCCUAUCCCAGUACGAACCAAUCAAAGAAAAAUUGGUGGUCAGCAUGCAAAGUUAACGCAAGAUCUAAGGUUGAAGUGUCUACUGCAGCAUCUACAUCAACAUUAGAUCAACCAUUUCAAGAAGAAGUGGUUACUAUUAUGCCUACUCACACAAGUGUAGGCAUUGAACAACCACUUCUCCUUCAUCCCCUCGGUGGAGUCGUUGAGAUUGAAGAUGACGAUGAAGCAGAAGACGAUGAUUCCCCGUUGACAUCUAACGAUAGUGAUGAUGAUAGUAGUGAUGCUUAUGAAUAAAUGUAAAUGCACAUUUUGGUUGAAUUUGAUUGCAAAUUUGUUAUGUUUGUUAGUUACUGUUAAUGUUACGUUUCGCUAUAUAUUUGUUAAUUUAAUUGUAUGCAA